AUGGCGGCGGAGGCGGCGGAGGAGAUGGGGGCGGGAGCGGGAGCGGCGGUGGGAGAGAAGGGACCGGCGACCGCGGACAGGGCGAUGGGGAAGACGGGUCGGACGGAGGAGGAAAAAGGGGACGCGGCCGCGGACAAGGGGAAGGGGUCAACGGCGGAGAAGGAAGAGAAGGGAGCGACGGCCGGGAAUGAGGAAGAGGGGGAGGAGGAGGAGAGAGCCAAGGCGGAGCAAAAGGGAGAAAAUCGACCGGCAUCGGCAAAGAGGGGGCACAAGAAGAAGGCCGAAGCAGGGGAGAUGGAAGGGAUGUUCACAUGUGCUGUCAUCACCUUGGAGAGCUCGGAUGGGAUGCUGUUCACGGUGUCGGAGGAGGCGGCACGGCUGUCCGUGCCCCUCGCCGACAUGAUCGACCAGGGCUGCGCCGGAGGCAUCAUCCAGCUACCCAACGUGGACGCCAGGGCCCUCGACACGGUGAUCGAAUACUGCAACAAGCACGCCGACGCCGCCUCUGCCAACAGCCGCGUCGAUGAGGGCAGCAGCAGCUGCAACUCCGAGGCAUCCGAGGAGGCGCUGAUGGAGUGGGACCGCAAGCUCGUCGACGGCCUCAGCCAGGACGCCCUCUGCGACGUCAUCAUCGCCGCUAAGUUCCUCCACAUCAAGGGGCUCCUCGACGCUGCCUGCCAGAAGGUCGCCGUCGUGGACAUGGUCAAUUGCAAGACCCCCGAGCAGAUGCACCAGAUGGAGGAGGAAGACAUGUGCACAUGGUUCUCUGGACUUACUCCCUUUUCUGAGAAGGGGACGGCGGCAGCGGAGGGGGCAAGAAGGGGGAGAACCGUUGGUCAACGGCCGGAGGAGAAGGGAGCGAUGGCAGAGGAGACAGAGCAGGUUGCUGGCGAAAACGACACAUUUUUCUUCAGGGCCAGCGGAAAAAUCAUCACCUUAAAGAGCUCGGAUGGGAUGCUGUUCAAGGUGUCGGAGGCUGCAGCCCGGCUGUCCGUGCUCCUCGCCGACAUGAUCGACCAGGGCUGCGCCAAAGGCAUCAUCCAGCUACCCAAUGUGGACGCCAGGGCCCUCGCCACGGUGAUCGAAUACUGCAAUGAGCACGCCGCCGCCGCCGCCACCGCCAAUCCCGACGCCAACCACGGCGUCGCUGAGGGCAGCAGCAGCUGCAACUCCGAGGCAUCCGGUGAGGCGCUGAAGGAGUGGGACCGCAAGCUUGUCGACGGCCUCAGCCAGGACGCCCUCUACGACCUCAUCAUGGCCGUCAACUUCCUCCACAUCAAGGGACUCCUCGACGCUGCCUGCCAGAAGGUCGCCGACAUGAUCAAGGGCAAGAGCGUGGAGCAGACGCGCAAGAUGUUCGGCAUUGCCACCGACUUCACCGAGGAGGAGGAGGAGAAACUGCGUAAAGAGAGUCCAUGGGCCUUCGAAGAGUAG